UGAACGUGUGUAAAUAUAUCCGGCGGUAUACGAGCAAUUUGCAUGAAAUCGCGUUUAUUCAAUUGCAUAUUAUUUUAUUACAGUCGUUGGGUCCAUUUAUGAGCAACGGGGAUAUGUGUGACCACGACAGGACACAGUGAUCAUUGUCUUUUAUUUUAAAAAAAGUUGGCCCGCGCGCAAUCUUUGUGAAUUGUUUUGAUUAAAUUUUGUUUUGUUUUCUGUGUUGACGCGGAGAAAUUGUUGCGUCUAAGAUGAAGGAUGUGCAGGGAAAAGAAGAAACAUCUGACGAUGAGUCCGGUUUGGGAUACCAGAAUACAUUGAUGUAUGGUCGCUAUCAACGCGACCUCAGUGAAGCUGCCAGGGAAGAAGCUAGGAGGCUACGAAGACUUCGAAAGAAGAGACGGAAAGACGACAAACUCCGGCAAAAGGAGCUGGAAGCUACCGGAAAGCAUAGACCUAGGGGGAAAUUCUUUAAGGUUCUAGGGUAUGUCUGGAGGCACACAUUUGCGCGGCUCGGCGAGGACUGGAUCUUCCUGGCGUUACUGGGCAUCAUCAUGGCUUGCAUCAACUACGCCAUGGACAGGGGGAUAGGCAUCUGUAACAAUGCUCGCAUGUGGAUGUACAAAGACGUAGCAACAUCGACGUUCAGCCAGUACGUAGCGUGGGUGUCGCUGCCCAUCUGCCUCAUACUGUUCGCCGCUGGCUUCGUGCAUAUAGUGGCGGCUCAGAGCAUAGGGUCGGGUAUUCCAGAAAUGAAGACGAUAUUGAGGGGAGUGCAUCUGAAAGAAUAUCUCACGUUUAGGGCACUCAUAUCCAAAAUAGUGGGGCUCACAGCCACGCUUGGGUCAGGGCUGCCAUUAGGGAAAGAGGGCCCGUCCGUACAUAUAGCUUCGAUGGUGGCAGCGCUACUGUCCAAGCUGGUGACCACCUUCCAAGGGAUCUACACGAACGAGUCCCGCACCAGCGAGAUGCUGGCAGCCGCCUGCGCAGUAGGUGUGGCCUCCUGUUUCGCCGCACCAGUUGGAGGCGUUUUGUUUUCAAUCGAAGUAACUACGACAUAUUUCGCGGUACGAAAUUACUGGCGUGGAUUCUUCGCGGCAUGCUGCAGUGCUAUUAUGUUCCGUUUACUGUCAGUAUGGUCAGGUGCUACCCCCACUGUUAAGCCAUUGUUCCCCACCAGUUUGCCCCAAGACUUCCCCUUCGACCCCCAAGAGUUUGCAGUAUUCGUCCUCCUAGGUAUAGUGUGCGGGUUCAUGGCUGCCAUCUGGGUGUGGUUACAUCGCCAGUACGUGCUGUUCAUGAGGAAUACCAAGACCCUAAGCAACUUCCUGCAGAAGAACCGGUUCAUCUACCCUGGUUUCAUGACGUUGGCAGUGAUGUCCAUCCUGUUUCCACCAGGCAUCGGGAAGUACAUGGCUGCAGACCUUGGCAAUCAAGGACAGGUGCUGUCGCUGUUCGCGAACUUCACGUGGGGCGACGAGCUGACCGCGCAACAAGCGGCCAUCGUGUCGCACUGGCAGACUCCUGAAGUUAACUACUUUGGGUGCCUCAUCAUCUACUUUUUCUCUAUUUACUUCCUGAGCAUGGUAUCUUGUACCCUGCCAGUGCCUGCUGGUAUCUUCGUACCGGCGUUCAAGAUGGGCGCGUCACUAGGUAGAUUUACCGGAGAGGUCAUGCACUACUUCUGCCCUCUAGGGGUCGCGUACGGAGGUCACAUACAGAAAAUAUUGCCCGGUGGGUACGCAGUAGUGGGCGCGGCCGCGUUCACGGGUGCAGUCACUCACACCGUGUCCACAAUCGUCAUAGUCAGCGAGAUGUGUGGACAGGUGACUCACUUGCUACCAAUAAUGGCGGCCGUACUUGCUGCCAAUGCUGUGGCUGCCCUGCUCCAACCUUCAUGCUUCGACAGCAUCAUACUCAUCAAAAAGCUGCCCUACCUACCUGACCUGCUGUCCUCCGCCAGUCGUAUGUACGACAUAUGCGUGGAAGACUUUAUGGUGCGGGACGUGAAAUACAUUUGGAACAGAAUGACCUUCCAGCAGCUGAAGGACUUGCUUAAAGAAAAUAAGGCAAUAAAGAGCUUCCCACUGGUCGACAGUCCUGCGUCCAUGGUGUUACUGGGGUCCAUACACAGGUGGGAGUUGGUGAGGGUGAUAGAACGGCAGGUGGGCCGCGACAGGAGGCUGCAGAUCGCAGCACAAUGGUACAGGGAGGCGGAGAUGAGGAGGCGUGAUGAGGAACGGAAGAGGGUCAGGAGACCUUCCAGGUUUGAGGUAACUCCAGCACCUGAUAUGCUCCAAGCUCAAGGUGGAAUGACAAGGGGCGGAUCCCUGACUACGAAGGACCAGGGUGGACUGCUACCAUCUCCAGGGCACCUGUUCCGUCCGAAGUCGAUCCUGAAGAAGACGAACUCGUUCACGCUGACGCGCGGCCUGGGCUCCCCCGCCACCCCGCACGCCGCCGCCUCCCCGCAGCCCUCCGUCUACACCACCGUCACCGGCGCGGAGACCAGGAUCCGCGCGGCGUUCGAAGCGAUUUUCAAGCGUUCCUCCAUGUUGCAAGAUGUGCACGACAGCCACACGGCGGAAGGUGGUCUGGCCUCGCCUGGUAUACCGCGGAGUCCCUCCAUAUACAAAAAAGUCCAGCUGCCUCGCGAGCGAGUGUGUGACAUGUCUCCGGAGGAUCAGAAGGCUUGGGAGCAGCUCGAGAUGGCCAAAGAUAUAGACUUCGACAGGAUGCUGCAGAUCGCCAGGAAGAGAGACAUGCAUCCCGAGGAUACGGAGUUCGAAGACGAGAACCUGUACAUGUGCCACAUAGAUCCAGCUCCCUUCCAGCUGGUGGAGAGGACGUCGCUACUCAAAGUGCACUCAUUGUUCUCAACUCUGGGCGUGAGUCGGGCGUAUGUAACUGCCAUCGGUCGACUCAUAGGAGUCGUCUCGCUCAAGGAACUCCGGAAAGCAAUUGAAGACGUCAAUUCUGGGGUCCUGACAUUGGCGACAAGGCCGGAACCUCCCACCACGCCCAUCCCGACCAUCAUCAAAGUGGUGAGCACCGAACCCGCACCGCCCACCGACAGCGAGACGGCCAAACUAACCACUGGGGACAAAUGAAGUGCAAAAACGUAAUUACACGUGUUUUUCUUAGACACUAGCUGUUAAACGCGACUUUGUAGGCAGUGGCGUGCCAAAAGUUGAGGAUAAGGCUAGACCGAUGCAUUAAAAUGAGUAUUUAUAUUCUAUAAAAGAAAUGCCUUAUUCAUAGAAACGCCAAACCUAUCUUAGUGAACUGUUUUUAUUUAUUCUGUUCUGACAAGUUGGUUUCUUCAUCAGAAAGAAAGUGACAAAUUACUGUAACAAUUUUAAAAAGGUUGGAAGAUUUUGGAAAUAGUUUAGAAAGAGAAAAAUCAUUAUUGAAAUGAACUUAGUAUAAUAAUUUGGAAUAUAUAAAUAAUAAAUAUUUUUUUGUACAAUAAAAUAGUAAUAAGUAUUUAUUAACAAGAUGAACAAGCGUAGCCAAAGAUUUAUUAAUCUAGGUUUAAAUAAAUUCGAUCAGGUUGCAGAACUUACUAUAGAAAUGAUCCUACGAAGUAAGGUCUUAAGAUCGAAAUUUUUUAUAUGAAAUAUUAGUUAAAUUUACACUCUAACACUACAUAUUUUCCUAGAUGACAAACGUGCGUGACUUUAGCUAUUCAUCCACUGGAUUCUUUAUAUUAAAUACUAGGUUUUACCCGCGACCUAAUCUGCAGACUUUCAUGUCCUAUUUCACCCCCGUUCGGACUAUUUCUUGCGGUAAAUGAUAGCCUAUAUCCGUCUCCGUAAUACAGUCUUUUUAUGUUCUGAUAUUUAGUCGUAAAAGUAUGACAAAAAGACGAA